AUGCGUGUCCGAACAUAUCAUACACACACCAUCAACCGCAGUAGCCCGCUCCUUGGAGCACUCGUCACCAUCAACGCGGCAUACUCGCUCUGUUUUGCGCUGCCUGUUGUUGCUGUGUCGCUUGGUAAGAAGUGGAGCAGCGGUAUCACCUCCGGCCAGCAGGUGUGGUGCGCCUCCACUGUUGCUCUCUGGUCUGCAGCCGAGAUUUUGCGUCUGUACUUUGGUUACAGGAGUAACCUGCAACAGUUUGUGCCAGGCCUCCUGCUGUUUGCAUUGCUGACGUUGCUGCCGCAGCUGCCACUCGUAGCUGUCUUCAAUUCUAUAUGGCCGCAGCGUGACUCACUCGACUACGCCUUGAGUAUUACAUUGAUCAUAAUGCUCCUGUUCGAGUUCCUGUGCUCCGUCAGGCUUGUUGCAACGCUUAUGCAGAACAACCGAAUAGAUUUCUUCGUUUACGGCAGGUAUUUAACUCGUGAAGAUCACCGCUUUUAG